AUGAAGAUAACCAUCGCGAGAGUUUUGUUUUGUCUCCUUUGUUCCAUCGCCUUGGUGUACGCGCAACCAAGUCCCGAUCUAGCCACCAUGAACGCUCUAAGAGACUCCCUCAAAUUUCCGAAAGACUUCUCCUGGACCGGACCUGAUCCAUGUAAGUGGAGCGGUCUACAGUGCGACACAAGCAACCGGAUCACUCGGAUACAAAUCGGUAAUAAAGGAAUCUCAGGAACGUUAACUUCUGAUCUCAACACCCUCUCUUCCUUAACUGUUUUCGAGGUCAUGGGCAACGCGUUAACCGGAGAGAUACCUAGUCUUUCCGGUUUAACCGCGUUGGAAACCAUAAACGCUCAUGACAAUAGCUUCACUUCGAUCUCUCCCGAUAUCUUCACCGGUUUAACAUCUCUUCAAAACGUGUUUCUUGACGAUAACCCGUUAAGUCCUUGGGAGAUCCCUUCGAGUUUAAAGAGUGCGACAUCUCUCGUCGACUUCUCCGCUUCUAACUGUAGUCUCUCCGGGAAGAUACCUGAGUUUCUUGGCGGACAAACGUUCCCUAGUUUAAAGAAGCUGCGUCUCUCUUCCAACUCCCUCUCCGGUGAGCUUCCCUUGAGCUUUGCUGACUCACCUGUCCAAACCCUACUUCUCAACGGACAAACGCAAAAGUUCAACGGGUCAAUCUCGGUUCUACAGAACAUGACGUCUUUAACCGAAGUGUCUCUGCAAGGAAACGCCUUCUCAGGUCCAUUACCGGACAUGUCACGUCUUGUCUCUCUGACAAAAUUCAACGUCAGGGAGAAUCAGCUUACCGGUGUAGUUCCAUCGUCUUUCACUGAGUUGCAAUCUCUUUCCGUGGUGAAUCUGACUAAUAAUCUUCUUCAAGGACCAACACCAACCUUCAAGGCUAUAAGCAUUGCUACCGAUAUUACCCCGGGGCUUAAUAGUUUCUGUUUAGAUUCUCCGGGUGUGCCUUGUGAUCCACGUGUCAACACUUUGCUUUUGAUUGUUGAAGCGUUUGGUUACCCUGUGAGAUUUGCGCAGAGUUGGAAAGGAAACGAUCCUUGUGGUGGUAAAAACAUGUGGGUGGGGAUUACUUGUGCUGGAGGUGAUAUCACAGUUAUAAACUUCAAAGGGAUGGGACUUAAAGGAACUAUCUCUCCACGCUUUGCGGAUCUUGCUUCUCUUAAGGUUAUCAAUCUCUCUCAGAACAAUCUCACCGGUGUUAUUCCACAAGAACUCGUUAAGUUGAGUGCCUUGACGACUUUGGAUGUUUCAAACAAUCAGUUGUAUGGUAAGGUACCUGUGUUUGGUCUUAAUGUAGUAGUCUCGAAUGGGAACCCUAACUUAGGAAAAGAUGGACCUGGUUCUGGUUCGUCUGGUUCAGGAAGUAAUAAUGCUGGGAAAAUUGUGGGUUCUGUUUUUGGAGUUGUGUUGGGUUUGCUUCUCAUAGGGUUGGUUGUUUUCUUAGUGGUCAAGAAAAGGAAGCAGAACCGUAAGAUGUAUCCACAGAAACAUUCUAGUGAAGAAGAUGCAUUCAAGAUUACAAUAGAUAAUCUAUAUGGUGGUGGUGGAAGCGAGAAUGGUAGCCAGGCUCCUCUAGUGGAAACUAGGAACCCUGUGUAUUCAAUACAGGAGCUGAGGGAUGCUACGGAUAAUUUCAACGAGAAGAAUAUACUUGGAAGAGGCGGAUUUGGAAUAGUUUACAAGGGGGAGUUGCAAAGUGGGAUGACCAUUGCGGUUAAGAGAAUGGAAUCUUCGGUUAUAAGUGGAAAGGGUUUAGAUGAGUUUAAGUCAGAGAUUGGUGUUCUGACCAAAGUUGUUCAUAGGAACCUAGUGAGACUUCAUGGAUAUUGCUUAGAAGGCAAUGAAGGGCUUUUAGUUUAUGAGUACAUGCCGCAAGGAACAUUGAGUAGUCAUAUUUUUCACUGGGAGGAAGAAGGGUUACAACCGCUAGAAUGGUCUAGACGGUUGAUUAUUGCGUUGGAUGUGGCUAAAGGAGUAGAGUAUUUGCAUAGUCUAGCGAAUCAAAGUUUCAUACAUAGAGAUCUCAAGCCAUCCAACAUUCUUCUUGGAGAUGAUAUGCGUGCCAAGGUUGCUGACUUUGGUUUAGUCCGGCUUGCGCCAGAAGGUGCACAAUCGAUUGAGACUAAAAUUGCUGGGACUUUUGGUUAUCUUGCACCAGAAUAUGCAGUGACUGGAAGAGUUACAACAAGGGUCGAUGUUUACAGCUUUGGAGUCAUUCUCAUGGAGCUACUAACCGGUCGAAAAGCUCUUGACGUUAAGAGAUCUGAAGAAGAUGUGCACCUAGCCACAUGGUUUAGGAGAAUGUUCAUCAACAAAGACUCAUUCCCAAAGGCAAUUGACAAAACAAUUGAGAUCGAUGAGGAGACACUUAGAAGCAUCAACAAAGUAGCUGAGCUUGCUAGUCAAUGCAGUGCCAGGGAACCACAUCAGAGACCCGACAUGAGUCACGUGGUUCACGUGUUGGCCUCACUCCUUGACCAGUGGAAACCAGAUGAAGAUGUCUCCGGAAACGACUAUGACACACCUCCUCCUCUUUUGGAGAUGAUAGAGGGAGUUAACUCAUCUUUCUUUGGAGAUAAAAGUCUGACGAGUAUACCGUCGCCACCAACCCAGAUUGACAAAACAUUUAGAUCAGGAAAUGGGAGGUGA